GGAGAAAAAAAACAAUUACACACAAAAGCAUCAAAAACAUCACUUUCGAUCGUCGUCGUCGUGCGAGAGUGUGAAAAUUCUGCGAAUUUCGCGUGAAAAUCCCGUUUUUUAUUCUCGCGAGUGAUCCCAGACCAGCAGCAGAUUUUGCAUCCGGCGGAAGUGAUGGAAACGCGAUAGGUUCCGCAGGCAGUGGGACAGACACAGUGACCAAAAAGGAGGAACCCAUUUCGCCUUGCAGAGCAGAAAAGUGACAGCCAGCAAAAAAAGGGGGUGGUGGCGGAGCACCAGCAGCUGAAAAGUAAUUAGCUUUUCUAAUCAAAAUCAAUUUCGAUUACGACGACGACUUCAACGGCGGAACUUUCCUGCGACGACGAGAGUCUGGUUGGUUUCGGGGAGACGACGACACGCACUGCCAUUCGAUCGCGGCCAGCGGAGCAGGAGGAGGAAAACAUGUCCGGGAAAAUCAACAAUCCGAAACGGCGAGAGGUCACUGGUUCGUCGUCGUCAAAUUCCUCCAUCUCGUCGGUGGGCGCAGGGGACAAUGGAAUUUCGGCAGACCUGGCAUCGCUGUUCGAGUGUCCCGUGUGUUUUGAUUACGUGCUGCCGCCGAUUCUGCAGUGCCAGAGUGGCCACUUGGUGUGCACCAGUUGCCGUUCGAAGCUGACCUGUUGUCCCACAUGCCGCGGCUCGCUUGGCAACAUCCGAAACCUGGCAAUGGAGAAGGUGGCCUCGAACGUGAAAUUUCCCUGUAAACAUUCGAACCACGGCUGUACCGUUUCCCUGGUGUACACCGAAAAGGCCGAACACGAGGAGGCUUGCGAGUUCCGGCCGUAUCUUUGUCCCUGCCCGGGUGCCUCCUGCAAGUGGCAGGGCUCACUUGACUACGUUAUGCCGCAUCUGAUGAUGUCCCACAAGAGCAUAACUACACUCCAGGGCGAGGACAUUGUCUUUCUCGCCACCGACAUCAACCUGCCGGGGGCCGUCGAUUGGGUCAUGAUGCAGUCCUGCUUCGGGCACCACUUUAUGCUGGUGCUGGAAAAGCAGGAAAAGUACGACGGCCACCAGCAGUUCUACGCCAUCGUCCAGCUGAUCGGAUCUCGCAAGGAGGCGGAAAACUUUGCCUACCGGCUCGAACUCAACGGGAACCGGCGUCGCCUCACCUGGGAAGCGAUGCCCCGGUCCAUCCACGAGGGCGUCGCCAGCGCCAUCCUCAACUCGGACUGCCUCGUGUUCGAUACCUCAAUCGCACAGCUGUUUGCCGACAACGGGAACCUCGGAAUCAACGUAACUAUCUCCGUUGUUUAAAUAGUGAGGACAUCCCGACCCCAUCUUCGUUGAUUUUCAUUACUAUAAUCUUAAUACAAAACAAGAAAAAAAAACACUUUAAAUUAAUUUAUCGUCAUGUACAUCACCCAAAACUAGCAAACACCAUCGACAUAAAGAAAUGCAUCAAUUUAAAGGAAAAAGAUUGUGCUGUUCCGUGAUUGGAUUAUUCCCCAUUUAACCAUAAUUAAACAAACAAACAUGAUAAACUACAAUCAACUAAUUAUUGAAGCUGAAUGAAUUGGUAGGAGAUGCAAUUUUGCGGUGUUUUCGUCCCCUCCCUCAAAACACACCCACACAUACACACAACAUUUAGUCGGUAGUGAUCAGGAUGUAUAAAAUAUUUCAUUCAAUAAACAAAUUUUAUUGAGAAAAAAAA